AUGGAUCUACCGUCAACUUCUGCAGAUUAUAUUGAUGAAGAUGAAGAUCAGGAUGAUAUGAAUGGAAUUAUUGAAGGUGUUGAUGCGAAUCGACAUCUUCAAGAAUUGAAAUCAGUGAAACCCGAUCAAGAAGAUGAUGAAAUAUUGAAAGCGAUGAAUAAAUUUAUGAGAAAUGAGAUGGGUUAUGAUGAAUUUAUGAGAUUGACAGGAGGAAAAACUCUGGAAGAAGAACUACAUGAGAAAAAUAGCAGUAAGUUUUACUCAUUUAUUUUUUUACUUGGCUUAUUUUUUGAAAUAAUCAUUGAUUGCAGGGAAACAUGCUGAAGAAGAUGAUGAGGAAGAAGUGGAAGAGAUUGACAUACAAGAAGAAUCCGCUGACGAAUCGCCUGCCUUGGAUGUUCCCGAACGUUCAACUGUUGAGAAUAAUAUAAGAGUGACUGAAAGAAUGCAAGCAUUACCACCGGAAGCUCGUGUUAUUAUGGAUCAAAUUAUGACUGGUAUUGAUUUUUCCAACAUCUCCUGAUGAUGGACAACUUGGAAAUGGAAUGAUGAUGAGUUUGUCAGAAGCAUUGCAACAACAAUUCAUGAAUUCACAACAAAAUUCACCGGAAGAACCUGCUCAAAAACGGUCUUGUUAUGAUGGAGAAGAUAAUGGAGAUGGACAAAAUGAAGCAUCAGCAAGGUUAGUCUAAUUGGGAGUUUUCUGAAUUGCAUCAUAUUUUUAUGAGAAACAAUUGAAUAUGUCAUCUUGAAAUCUCCAAAAAACCAGUUGAAAACCUAAAUAUAAAAAAUUUCUCGAGAUUUUUAAAAUUGCUAAUUUUAUAGCAACAAACCAAUCUACGAUCGUGGAAAAACGAAACGUAUGGAUGGAUUAUUGGGUCAGGCAAAUGUUCUAUUUGCUCGCGGAAAAAUCGAUGAUGCACUUGUUGUACUUAUGGAAGUUAUCAAAUUGGAUCCAAAAAAUGCGAUGGCAUAUCAACAAGUUUCGCUUAUUUAUGAACAAAAAGGAGAUCAAGCUAAAGCACUACAGUAAGUGAUCAUUUUUCAAUGUGUAUUUAUUGAAAACUUUUUGAUUUUCAGAUUUGGUCUGUUAUCAUCUUAUCUUGACCCAAGAACUCCAAUUUCUGAUUGGGUACAUUGGGGAGAAGAAUCAAAAAGGCUUUUGAUGUAUGAAGAAGCGGCGAUGUGUUUUGAUAGAGCUAUUCGAUUAGAACCAUCAAAUUGGCAUCAUUAUGAGCAAAGAGUUGAAAUGUUAGAUUAUCUUGGAUUGAGACCAUUAGCAAUGCGAACUCGUCUUGCUGCAGCGCAAAGUGUUGAUUUUCAAUGCGCUGGUUUGGAUUUUGUGUGGUUUCAGGAUUUGAUAAAAACUGUUGCGCAAUAUUUUAUCACUAUUAAUGAUGAAGAAAAAGCAAUUUCUGCACUCGAAGCUUUUGUUUUGCGAAGUCGUCAAUUUGGACAGGAUUCAAUGGCUCAACAUGAAACAUUGGUUGCAAUGUGGAUGGCAAAAGGAAAAUAUAUACCAGCUGGACAAUCGAUUCUUGCUCUUUGCUCUGGAAUUUUAUUGAAAAAUCGGACAACUGGAGCUCCAGCUUGCAAAGUGACCUAUAGACAUGGAACUUAUUCGGUUUACCCGUUUCCUCCAGAAUGUGAUAUUGAUUUUGAAAUUGAUCAAGAUGAAUUUCCACUUGCUAUGCAUUGUCAUUUAAUUAUCUGCCUUUUUAUGUUGGAUCGAAUAAAUGCGGCACUUGAUUUAGAAGAACAAUUGCAUAAAAGACCACUUUAUAAUGGAAUUGAUGAACCAUUUAUGCUUGAUAUUGCGAGAACUUUUAAAGAGAAAGGAAAAAUCAAAUUGGCAAUGAAGUUUUUGGAUGAUCUUGCUAUGAAUCAAGCAUAUAAUACUGAUGAAUCAGCUGAAUAUUAUUUUUUGAAAGGAACAAUUGAGUCACUUCUAAAACAAGAAAGCGAAGCAAUGUCAUCAUUUGAAAAAGUAUUACUGAUAAAACCAGAUCAUGUUGAUAGUCGAAUACAUUUAUCAAGUCUACAACAAAAAUAUGGAAUGUUUGAUAAAGCAUUGGAAACUCUUCAAGAUUAUGAUUUCGAAAUGUGCACACAACUUCCGGAUGAACGAUUGCUUGCGCGACAAUCUGAUAUUUUGUUUGAGGCGAGAAAGUUUGAGCAAUUCAUCAGAGUGACAAGAAUGUUGUUAGCUCCACAUUUUUUUAUUGUUCAUGAGGAUGAAAAUGUGCCAAAGAAGAAGAGAGCUAUAGGAAGUGAGUUCGAUUUUUUUUAAACUCAUUUCAAACAGUUAAUCUAAAUUAUUUAUUUUCUUGAUCAGUUUGAAAUAUUAAAAAACAACUUAAAACAAAGCAAAGUUAUUUGAAUUCGUGAAAAAAAAACAAAAAUCAGAUUAAAAAUUUCUUCGAAAAAAAAUUCGUACGUGUUACGUGAACUUUUUUCAUUUCAAAAUUCAUUAUUUUAAGUAAUUUUGAUAUUUUUCAGCUGUUGCUUCAAGUAAUACACUCCGAUCUUGCGCGAUGAAUGUUAUCAAACACUCGGCUUGGGAAAGACUUGUCAAAAGAUUAGGAAAUACUGCAGAAGUUCAGAGGAGAAAUAUGGACAUGCUUUCUGCAGAUGCUGUUAGUUUCCUUUUAUUUUUCCCAAAUCAAUAUUCUGUAAUUUUCAGAUGCAUGAUUAUUGCUUGAAACUUAUCGAAUCUCUCCAUAAUCUUGGAAAACAUUCGGACUCUUUAUAUGUUUGUUGUUAUGCGUUUCUUCACCCAAAACUCUACAAAACUGAAAAGUUAGUUAUUUAAAACAAAAUUCUCCUGAUAGUACAAUCAAAAAAAUUUACAGGGUUGUCACAUUUCAAAAUUUGAUGUAUUUUUGUGCAAUCAAUGCUCAUAGUUUUACACUGGCAUUUGAAUAUAUUCGAUUUUAUUAUACACAUGUUUGUGUAAGUUACUACACUACCUAACGAUAUCAUUUUUUAAACCUAAAAAUUUUUGCAGACAUCAAAAGAUUUCAUCGACAUCGAUAAUGUUUAUCGAGAUCAAUUACAUAAACGAAUUUUCAACGCAAUGAAUUUUGUAUUCGUAAAUUCACAAAAUGUCUCUUAUCAUCGAUUUAUUAUGCGAGCAUUGGCUAAACAAAAAGACAAUCAUGCACUUCAAACAAUUUCGGGAAAUAAUUCAUUGAUCACUGGAACUUAUCGACACGCUUUGGGAGAAUAUUUGAGAGUUUGGGUUAGAAAUCAGAAAAAUCCACUGAUUUGUUUGUUAUUGGCAUUGACUUUUACACAUAUGUCGUGUAAAAAGGAUUUAUCGAGUAGACAUUUGAUUAGCAUAAGGGUGAGUUAUUUCCUCGUGGCAUUUCACGCAAAACCUUUUAUUUAUACAUUUUAGGGUCUGUCAUUUAUGAAAAAAUAUUCACGAGUUCGAACUUGUUCUCAAGAAGUCAAUUAUAAUAUUGGACGAAUGUUUCAUCAAUUGGGAAUUUUACCACUUGCUAAAACAUUUUAUGAAAAAGUUUUGCACGAAGAUCCACCAAAUAUUUAUACUCAUGACGACGAGGGAAAUGAGAUCACAAUACCAGCAAUGAAAUAUGAUUUGAGAAGAAUGGCUGCACACAAUUUGGCAUUGAUUUAUCGAGCAUCCGGAAAUAUUUAUGCGGCCAGAGAAAUUUAUGAAAAUUAUCUUGUUGUUUGA